AAUUAGAACAAUCUAUAAAAGAAGAUGCUGAAAAUAAAAAGUUAGGAGACGCUGAACUUAAUACCAGAAUAUUCGAAUUAGAACGAUCAGCAAAAGAAAACGAAGAGCUUAGAAACAGAGUAGUGAAAUUGGAACAGAACCAAAGCAUCGAUACUAAUGCCAAAUCGUUAGAUGAUGAAAUAAAUUCUAACGAUACUUCUGAACAGAUAAUCUCAUGUAAUGAGGAGUCUAACACAUCUAAUUAUGACAUAUACCAGGAUUCGGUAACCUCCACAUCUCCCGCAGAAACCAUGUCAUUUGCUUCGCAAAGCGACUUAUGUCGUCUGGAAGAGAAGAUAGAAAAUGAAUUUCUGCAUUUAAAGCAUAGAGAAGCGGUUAGAAAAGAGAUAAUUCAGAACAUUAAGGAGAAGAAGCUUCGGGAUCAAGAGUUACUCUCAACUCCUGAGAAUACUAUCCCUAACAUUUCUAUAUCACUGAAUAAGAAUGUUUCUAUACCCGAAGCAGAGAAAUCAUUACUUAAUAAAGAUCUAAAUAUUCAAGAUACAAAACUUUCUUCUUCUGAAUCUAAAUCAUUUAUUAUCUCUUCAUCCAAUCAGAAACAAAACCUUUCGAAUCCCAUACCUGAUAGACAAAUUCUUGAAAAUAUGCUAGAUGGAGAUGGAUUGGUCAACGAGCAAACUGGAUGUCAAAAAGUAAUCGGCGUGAAGAAUCUUCACGCGCGCGUGACCGAACCUUCUAAAUCAACUACUAAAUUAUCUCGUACGUCUAAUUCGGAAGAUAUAAUAAGUGAGGAUGACAAAUCUUUAUCUAAUACCUCGGUAAGUAUCUCAAAUACUGAAGUCUCACCUAAUAAUACGACUCAUAUCUUUAAUUCCGCUAAUGUUGAUGAGAUAGGUGAGUUGUUGCAUAUGGGGAAUAGAGUUGGAUGGAGAAGCAGAGCUAUUGAGCGAUAUUUUAAAGAAUUUCGUACUCGCUUCUGGGAGAGGUUGGAACACAAGUACUCAACUAAGAAAGACGUCGUAACCAUACCCCCACUUCCAUCUCACGAGGAAUUUUCAUCUCCAAAAAUCUUUAGCCGAUCAAAGGGAAAGAUCCCCGCCUCGCAGGACCCUCAUGAGAUAUAA